GCGAGGGCUUCGUUCCAUCGAGGUGGGAGGGGCGGCUCGCGCGCUCUCUCCCUCCUUUGCAAGCAGCAGCAGCUGCUGCUGCUGCAUCCGCCGCCGAGCGAGCGAGCAAGCAGCAAGGGAGCAUGUCUGCAGGCAGGGCCAAGAAAGUGAAGAUGGCCACCAAGUCCUGCCCAGAGUGUGACCAGCAGGUUCCUGUUGCAUGCAAAUCCUGCCCGUGUGGGUAUAUAUUUAUUAGUCGAAAACUCUUGCAUGCUAAACGUUCGGAGAGGCUGCCAUCCUCUGCAGAAAGCAGAAGUGAGGCUAAGAGAAGACGGACAGAGAGGGUCCGAAGAGAGAAGAUCAACUCUGUGGUAAAUAAAGACUUAGAAAAUAGGAGAAGAUCCAGAUCCAACAGCCAUUCAGAGCACAGCAGAAGAGGACGAGGACGACCAAAGACUACCUCGGCCAAAAAGCACGAAGAAGAAAGAGAAAAACAAGAAAAAGAAGUUGACAUGUAUGCAAACCUGUCUGACGAAAAGGCCUUUGUAUUUUCUGUGGCCUUGGCAGAAAUAAACAGAAAAAUUAUUAACCAGAGACUUAUUCUUUGAUUAUCCGGUUGGGACCUUUGCAUGCCAGGUUGUUUAAGCCAGGUAGUGGAUUUUGAACAUCUGGGGAGGCUGUCAAACGGCAGCUCUGGCCCCUGCAUCAAAGAAAGCCAAAUGUUUUUUCCUGGCUGAAUUCUCUGCCGUUGUUGCUGUUUUGGAGCCUGCUGACUUCUUGUUACUGCUAAUUGUCAAGGAGCAAAAUGACCAACACUUUGCUUGGGGGGAAUGUGGGGACAAAUCAAAAGCAAAAUCCUUUACUCCUGCAAAGACAGCUUCUAGAAGAACUCUGCAGAGAUUUUGAAUGAAAAAACUAAACACUGUUUCUUUGGACACUUCUGCAAUGAAAAUGCAAUAUUUUAAUUUAAAUUUCCUUCACAACAUAGGUUCCAGAUUUUCUGCUAUAUUGAAGCUUAUACUUGUAUAUAGUUAACCUAACAUUUUAAUAAAUGGAUAUUCUAGUA